UUACACACACACACACACACACACACACACACACACACACACACACACACACACACAGAGAGAGAGAGAGAGAGAGAGAGAGAGAGAGAGAGAGCACGGGUGGCUGGCUUAAAGUGUGUUGAAGAUGCAACAACAAAGUGGACAAGGAGGGGGAGGGGCAGGAGGCGGAGAAGAAGGGGAAAAGGGACCUGCGGUGGCGGUGGAAGCGAAGUCUGAGUCGACCCCGAGCAAGCCGACGUGGACAGGAAACCGGAGGCGCACUAAUGGAUUCUUCGGAGGGCAGGCUACUACACAAAGCAGCAAUGGUGGGAGGUAUUACUCUCGUGUGGAGAACGCCGGUCGUAACGGAUACGGCAGGGUGGGCGUUGUGGAAUGGGUACCCCGCGACCGUUUGUCCAAUCAUGAAUCGACUCUAGGAGGAGCAGCAGCGGCAGCAGCAGCAGGGGGUGCCGCGAAAGGAAGGUCCUCCUCCGCUGAGUGCAGCGAAGUAGAAGCAAGAGGUGGUGGCCAUGCGAGUGGUGGUCCCGCUCCGGAUGCUGGCUGUCUAGGAGCAGGACGACGAGGAGGAGGAGGAGGAGGAGGAGGAGGGAACCGGCGACGCUGUUUUCACGGGAGACAUCCAAGCUUGUCCUCAUCUUCGUCUUCGUCUACUGCAGGCUAUGGUUAUCAUAGUAAUUAUGGGGAUAACGGGGACUACGGGGAGAGGGAGUUCAGGGAAGGUAUGCAAUUGGGGGGAGGAGGAAGACGGGGACCUCCAGGUGGAGGGUAUCGCGGUGUGGGGGAUGUCGAUCAUCCAGCGGUGGAUAUGCGCGGGUUCGAGGACGAAGCAGCAGCGGCCAUGGACCGGGCUGCUGCUGAAAGAUCUGCCGCCGAAGCUAUGGCUGUGGAUGCAUUCUGGAAUGCCUACAAUCAUCAGCAGCAACAGCAGCAAGCGAACUCAUGGUUGCUGGACGAAAUUGAGGCUUUCGCUUGGCUGCGUCAGGAAUUUGCUGCUGCCAAUGGGAUUAUCGACCUCGUCUUCGCCGAGCUACAGAUAGCAGCUGGGGAGAAUGGCAGGUAUGAGGAGCUGUGGGCGUGUGUUCAACGGCGAAGAAUGGCUUGGAUACCUCUUUUGCACUUGCAGCGACUUGUCGGGUUAACAGAGAUUCUCGCUGAGCUCCAUCACGUGAACUGGGUGCGGUUUUCCAAGAAAGCUGAUGCAACCAGAGGGGAAUCUGAGAGUAUGGGGAUGGGUAGGAACGGUUACUGUCGAGGAGUAGCAGAGGUGAGACGCGGCCAGGGGGGCGAUUGCGGUUGUUGCAGUUGUUGCGGUGAUUGCGAGAUGGUAAGAGAGGAGGAUGGAGAGGAGGAGGACGACGACGACGACGACGUGGGUAGCGACGGAAAGGGUAGCGAUCGGAACGAGGGCGCAGUGGGAAUGGCCCAAUGCCGGGAAACACGGCGCCUUGCCGAAGGAAGGAUCAGAAAAGAGGCGGGGAAGCGAAGGGAGGAGGAGGACGAGGAUGAAGAGGAGGAGGAGGAGGAGGAAGAAGAACAGGUGGUUGACCUGAGGAGAAGCCGAGGACAUCUAAGGUCGGAUGGCAGAGAUGGGGAAGCAGCAACGGCAGCGGGUGAGUCCUCUCUCCCUGCUGAGGAGCAGGGAAAGAUCCACAGUAAGGACGGAAAGGGUGGCGCGACUGCGAGAUUGAGAGAAGAGGAGAAGAGUAUGGAAGAGAAUGGGUGUAUCAGAACGGAUCGCCGGCAUGGAGGUCGCCACGGCCUUAAUGGACGAGAUCGGGACUGUGGGGCGGUAGAACUGGUUGAGGAGGAGGGCAGUGUAGACGAAAACAAUGCGAGAGAGACUUGCAGCGAUGGGAGGAGGGAGGUUGUGUGUAAUGACGAGGAGGGAGGUGGUCGGGAGAAGAACGUCAGCGAUGGAAGCACGCGCCGGAUUGGUGAAAGAGAUGGGAGAGAAGUUUGCAUCAGAUCGGUUGUUGUCGGUAGCAAGGAGGAAGGGCUGCGAGGGGGGGAGGAGGAGCUACCAGAAGAGACGGGUGUGCGGCGGGAGGAGACUCGUUGCACAAUGGGGAAAAUAGUCGCUGAGGCGGGCGCUGAUGUGGUGGGCAUGGACGUGGAGAUGGGAUCAGAGGGAGGUGGUGACCGAGUUAGGAGGCGGCCUGACGGAGAUCUAGAUAACAGGGGAGAAGAGGGGGCCUCUAUGGAUGAUGAUUGCCGCCGCGUGGGGAUGGAGGAGAAUGCCGCGAGCUGCAGUGAACCUCCAAGUGAAAACGGAGUUGAUCCCUUUGACCGACAAGUUUGUGCAGAUACCGAUUCCAUCCCGAUCGCCGUAUCGCGCGCUUCGGUGAUGGAGCCUAAUGAAGGAGGCGGACGAAGAGGAAAAGGGGGAUCGUACGAAGGGGAAGAUGACAUUUCUAUGUCAGAGAAGAAGCUGGGCCAGUGUCCAGAAUGCCACGUGUCGUCAGUGAAAGAGAUGGAGGGAAGCUCAUCGGAAAGGACAAAUCACGAGACCCUUUGUACUGCAGAAACGACAGGCGAAAGAGAAGGCCCGAAGGAGAAGAAGGGGAUAGGAGAAACGAGACUAGAUCGGCAUUUGCUGAAGACUAGCAAGGAAGAGCUAGAUCUGCUAGACACGCAUAAGUAUAUUAGUCAGGGAGAAGAAGACAUUUCGGACACGAUCCAAGACGUGGCUGCUAAGCCUGUCUCUUAUACACAUCUAGAUGUGUAUAAGAGACAGGUGAAGGUGACCUGCAGUCUUGGCGUCGUGGUGAUCGGCCAAGAGCUGGGUACGGAGACCACGUGUGUUAGGGAUGCACAGUCGGAGCUGGAUAUGGGUCGUGGCGAUGUAGACUUUCUCGGGGGGCUUGUGGUCGGGUUGUUGAGAGAGGGCAUCAGCAACGCGGUUGCUUUUGUCGGGAGUAUGACAAAUGGUGAAUGUGAACUGGGCAAGGAAGUCGAACCAUCGAGCUUGGCGUGGGGUAGUGUCUUUCUUGGUGAGGAUGGAAGAAACGAUGUUGUUGUCAGUGCGGAUGGUGAAGUAUUGCCCGUCGAGGAGUUCUGUGAGGGCGUGAAUCAAGACGAGGAGUUCCUUCUCGUUGGAGGGGUAAUUCAUCUUGGCGGGAAGGAGCUUCUUGCUUGCGAAGGUGAUGGGGUAUUCGUCGGGUGGAGCCUCGAGGUGAGUGGGCAAGUCCUUGAUGGAGGGGGUCUCGACGAUGUCGCGGGAUGGGGUAUUCGUUGGGUGGAGCCUCGAGUAUGGCUCCAAUGCCGAAGUCGGAGGCAUCAUGGUGACAUAGAAAUGGCGAGUGGGGUCGACGAUUUUGAGGACAGGGGCCGUGGUGAUGGUUUGCUUGAGGAACUCGAAAUCGUGUUGGCGGUGAUCGUUCCAAUUGAAGGGUUCGUCUUUGCGUGUGAGUUCGUGGAGAGGGUAAGAGAUCUCGAAAAAAUUGCGAAUGAACGGGGGGUAAUAGUUGGCAAGACCGAGGAAGGAACGGAGUUGGAGGAGGGUCUUGGGCGGGGGGUACUCAACGAGGGUUGUGACCUUCGAGGGGUUGCCUUCAACGGAGACAAUGUGGCCAAGGUAUUCGACGCUCGAAGCGGCAAACGUACGUUUGCUGAGCUUGGCGUAGAAUGUUUGCUCUCGGAGGAUCGAGAGGACUUGGCGAAUGUGCUAAAGGUGGGACUCGAAGGUGGGGCUAAAGAUGAGGAUGUCAUCAAGGUACAUGACGACAUAGACUUCGAGGAGGUCACAAAAGAUGUGGUUCAUGGUGGACUGGAAUGUGGCGGGGGCAUUGGUGAGUUCGAAAGGCAUUACGAGGAACUCGUAGUGCCCGAACCGAGAGUGGAAUGUGGUUUUGUGGGUGUCCUCCUCGCUGAUACGGAUAUGGUGAAAGCCACUGCGGAGGUCGAUCUUGGUGAAAUAUUUGGCUCCACGGAGGCGAUCAAGAAGUUCAGAUAUCCGGGGGAGUGGGUACUUGUUCUUGACCAUGAUCCGGUUCAAGGCACGGUAGUCUGUGCACAUGCGGAGUUCCGAGGUGCCCUUUUUCUUGACGAAGAGGCAACUGGUUCCGAAGGGGGAGAAGCUAGGCUUAAUGAAUCAUUUUUCAAGGAGUUCAUUGAGCUGGCGCUUCAUUUCUUCGGCCUCGGGGACGGAGAGUUGGUACGGAGGGCGGCAAGGAGGAGAAUGGCCGGGCUCGAGAGUAAUGGUGUGGGAUACACUUGGAUCAGGAGUGUCGAAGUCAUCAUCGAUGGUGGAUGGAGUGGUGUUGUCAAGGGUGAUGUUAUGGAAAAAGCGGGGGCGGGAGGGAGCGGGUGUAGAUUGGUGAUGGGGGUGGAGGAGUCGAUCGUGGUGAAGCAUGCGAGAGAGGAGGUCAGAAAGGGGCAUGUCGGGUUCGUGGGCGAGGGCGGUUGCAAGAUCUUUGUGGCAUACUUGCUUGAUGCGGGAGAUGAACGCAAAGUCGGGAAUGAUGGUGGUGGGGAGGUGAUGGCGGAGGGAACGGAUGUAUUGGACGAAGCGGUUCGUGGGAUUGGUCUGGCGGAGGUGACAAAAUUGUUCGAGGUAGUCAUCUAUGGUUUUCUGGGGCCCGAAGGUGGCAGUGAGAAGGUUGGCCCAUCGAAGGAAGGAGUGACGUGGUCCUCCGGAGGCGGGGUGGUUGUUGACUUCGGCCAUCCACCAUUUGGCGGUAUUGCGGAGGAGGCGGGAGGUGGCAAUGGGAAGCCAGUGGACAAGGGGCAUGUGGUGGAGCUUGGGAGAGUUCUGGAGCUGGGUAAGGAAGAGGAAAAUGUCCUUGUGGGGAAGGCCGGAGAAGGGCAUGAUGACGGCGGAUCGAAAGGAAUGGGGGAUUUCCCUUCGUCGGAGCAGGUCACACGGUUGGAUAGGCUAGAGAUAGUGGUUUCGAUUUUGGUGAUGGACGAGCGAAUGUCCGUUUGGAAAGAGGACAUAAUGCGAAUGAGGGUGGUGAUAUUGGUGGCAACGGGCUCGGAUCUUUGUUCGCCCGUAAGUUCGCAAGCGAGGCUGUCAACAGAUUGGGUGUUGACGGCGGUCGAAUCGAUGUUGGAGGAUUGGGCCAUGUUGGGGAAAGAUGGAGUGGAUGCGGUGGCUGAGGCGACGACUGCGGAUGAGGUGGAGGCAGACGAGGCGGCAGCGUCGACGGCUGCACGUUGGGAGGUCUUGGUUUGGCGUGGUGGAAUGUGGAGAUUUGGGAGUGGCAGGGGGKGGGGGKGGGGAAGGUAUUUACAACAUUAAUUGAUUUAUUCAAAAAUAAGUACAGGAAUUUGCCAAAACAAUAAAUGAAUAAAAUGGGAAUUA